AUGUCUUCUCAGUCUUUAGCAACUAAUUCCUUAUCACUUGAUUUAUCAGAACUUAAUCUAGAAAACACUGAAAACAAGCAAAUCCAAGAAGAAACAGUUGCUCAAAUUCAAAUCCCACCCAAGGGUAAUAAUUAA